AAUCCUCGAUUCUCCCACAAACUUGUCCUCCAUUUAUAGCCAAAAGAAAAAUGACCACCCAAAAUUUGAAAUCUAAAACUGCAAAUAACCUCUCAGUUUCUCUCCCCUCCUCCUCCUCCUCUCGCUCUUACACAGGUACACAGGGCAAGGUCAUGAUCUGGCUUCGGUUCAUUCCAAAAUCUGGGUCAUGAUCUUCUAUGUUGUUGUCAGCCCUUUGAGCCUUUUUACCUUGCUAGAUCCUUUCUUUAUCGUUUAACAGUCAGCUGAGUAUAGGCAAUAAAGAAACAUAUAAUUACAUGGUUACUAUCUUCAAUACCCAUUUUCAAUUGUUGUUUGUGGGUUGAAACUACUAUGGCUAAAAGAUCAUUUAAGCAUUUUGUGGAAGAAGAACUGGGAAAGUUCCCAUUGUUCCUCAUCUAUGCUGUACUCGAAUGGUUGUUGAUAAUUGUGCUUUUUAUUGAUGGGUUUCUUGCAUUUUUUGCUAACGAAUUUGCUAGAUUCUUUGAGUUGGAAAUCCCUUGUUUGCUUUGUACAAGGAUUGAUCAUGUUUUGGUUCGUAGAACUUCUGACUUUUAUUACAAUGAUUCUAUAUGCGAAUCUCACAAGAAGGAGGUUUCAUGUUUGGCUUAUUGUCACAACCACAAGAAGCUUUCUGAUAUAAGAAGAAUGUGUGAUACUUGUCUUCUUUCAUUUGCUACGGCGAAGGAAGCUCAUGGCCAUACGUACAAGUCUCUUGUUGGGAUUUUGAACAAGGACAUUGCAACGAUUGUUGAUAACGAUCCAGAUCAGCAUUUCACUCUGCCUACUGGAAGAAAAGAUGAUUCAAUGCAGGCUGAGGAUAUUUUUCUCCAUCGAUGUCCAUGCUGUGGCGGGCCGUUGAAGGCCAAAUCCUAUUUUAAAGGAAAAGGAUCCAGCAUGACUUCACAAGCUCCCACUCCUUCCCCAAGAGCUCCGUUUGCAAAUUGGAGAAAUGAGGAGCAUCGAAACUUGGAAAUAUAUACCAUGCGAUACACAGAACUCAAGUUUCCAGACGAUGAAUCUGAGCUACAUGAAGAUGAGGAUGGCCAGAAUACACCACGUCUUGGUAAGCAAUCUAAAGAAGAUGCAAAAGCUCCUACAGGGCUGACAGAAGCUGAGUAUAUGAAUGAGGAUAGAACUCCUAUUUUUUGCAGAGGAAACAGGUAUUUUGGAAUUCCACUAACAGAUUCAGCUAAUGUCAGCCCUAGGUGGAGUAAUAGGGUCCCAAGAAAAUCACCACUUGAAAAAACAGAAUUUGCUUCAGAGUACACGGAAGGCAGUGCACCAAGUGAAGCAGAUGGUGACUUGAUUUUGCACCAAAUGAAGGGACAGGCUCGCUUAGAUCGCAAGUCAUUGAUGGCUUUGUAUAUGGAACUGGAUGAAGAAAGAAGUGCUUCUGCUGUUGCAGCUAAUAAUGCAAUGGCCAUGAUCACUAGGUUGCAGGCAGAGAAGGCAGCAGUUCAGAUGGAGGCCUUACAGUAUCAAAGAAUGAUGGAGGAGGAGGCAGAAUAUGAUCAAGAAGCCCUGCAAGCAACAUAUGAUUUACUUGCCAAGAGAGAGGAAGAGAUUAAGGUUUUGGAGGCUGAACUUGACGAGUAUAGAGAAAAAUAUGGCCCCUUAAGAGAAGACAGUUUUGAGGGAUCUGAAGUUGAGGGUUACCAGAACAUGAACUCACAAACUCUCAAAAGAUCUGUAGAUGCGGGUUCCCAGGACAAUAACUCACAAACUCUUAAGAGAUCUGAAGAUGAGGGUUCCCUGGACAAGAACUCACAACCUAUCUCAUCCAAUGCUGAAAAAUCUGAACAUAUCAGCCCAGCCUGUAGUUCCACUGAUGGACGUAUUAAUGAUGAAAAUCAGCAUAGUAACAAGCAGUCUUCAUCUUUGUCGAAUGAGAAUGAAGGGAAGGUCCCAGAAAAAUUACGCAAACCGGGCAGAGCCUGCCCUCUUGGUCGGUUGAAACACAUAGAAAAGAGGGGUUACAUAUCAGACGGCCGCAUGAAUGAAGCGACAGGACAAGAGGGCAAAUUAAUGAAAGAACUAUUGCAUUUUCAUGAGUGGGUGAAGGCUCUUGAAGUAGAUGAUAAGUCCUCAAAGCACGCUGGUCAGACAAUUCAGAAUGAUAGUGAAAAGUUAUUAAUAGAGAUAUCUGACAAUCUUCAGAAGCUUCGUCACUUCAUCUCAGUGUCCUCUGGGGACAACUAAGUUGCCUAAUUCUCUUGAUAGUCAUUUUAAUGUUUUCCCUUUGCUUGUUAGGAUGUAUAUACAAUGCAAAACGCUGGAAGAAACUGAAUUUCUGGCUUUGGAGCUUAGUGGACAUCUUAGUUAUUACUGCCUUGGAUGGUUGUGUUUACAAAGCAAAAGAGCAACUGAAAGAUGUCUCCAGCUGUUGCAGCCAAUAAAAUCUAGUGCAAGAUAGAGCAAAGAGUGAGAGGAGAGUGCUCUGCAGGCUAUCAUGUAACUCAGUUUUGAAUACCAGCUCUUUCACGGCCUUCUCAAUCGACAAUCAUGAGGUGCUAAGAUAUAAUUGGUGAUGUCAGGGGAAGGUAGAGAAGGAGAAGGAGAAGCAAGAGUCUUCAUAGUUGAUGAGCAAACUCCAAGAAUAUUGUAUAGCUUCAACUGUAAUUAUACUAUUCACCCAAAUUAUUGUUAUCUAGUUUUUCUUCCUUAAUCUAAUUAAUUCAAAAAAAAUUCUCAAAAUAGCACAUAUUUGUGCAUGAUUUUAUGCAUGCCACUACUGUGCUUGUAGUUAG